UUUUUUCUUCAAGAUGCAUCCAAUUCAGCGAAUAAUUUAUGCGUUUGGUCAUCGUACCUUUUCCAUGCCUAUACUUACAAAGAAGCCCUCAAGCGGUUCCAUAAUGGCAUCUUUGAUAAAUGUGCGCGAAAAUUCCUCGUUUGUGCUGGCUCCUGAGUCAUCUGAUAAGGGUAUGAUUAUUCUGAACCGACCUAACGCUUUAAACGCACUUAAUUUAGAUAUGACAAGAAAAAUAUAUAAACACUUGAAAAAAUGUGAAUUGUCGAAAUUAAUGGUAAUAAUCAAAGGCGCUGGAGGAAAGGCAUUUUGUGCCGGUGGCGAUGUACGAUCCAUAGUCGAAGCAGGGCCUACUGAGGAAUCUAAGGCUUUUUUCCGAGAAGAAUAUACAUUAAAUGCAUUAAUUGGCAAUUACAUUAUACCGUACAUUGCUAUUAUGGAUGGCAUUACCAUGGGUGGUGGUGUUGGCCUCUCUGUUCAUGGGAAAUACCGUAUUGCAACUGAACGUACACUUCUCGCUAUGCCCGAAACCGCUAUCGGUCUUUUCCCGGACGUAGGUGGUUCUUAUUUCCUGCCGCGGCUACAGGGAAAACUUGGACUCUUCCUUGGGCUGACUGGGUUUAGACUGAAAGGAGAUGAUGUAUUGAAAGCGGGAAUAGCAACGCACUAUUGUGAGAGUACGAAACUAGGAGAUUUACAAAAUGAUCUGCUUAAUUGUAAAGAUGCAGAUAUAGUACCCAAUAUCCUUGAAAAGUAUAACUCACCCUCUAAAAAUGAUUUCAUUCUGAACGCAGUCAUGGAUAAAAUAAAUAAAUGUUUCACAGCUAAUUCUGUUGAGGAAAUUGUUGAAAAUCUGAAAAGGGAUGGAAGCGAUUGGUCCAACAAGACUCUUGAGACACUUGGAAAAGUUUCACCGCUGUCUUUAAAAGUCACAUUUCGGGAAUUGGAAUUAGGUUCUAAACUGCUGCUGCCGCAAUGUCUAAAAAUGGAGUAUCGUAUGGUUGUUCGUCAUUUGGAAGACAGUGACUUCAAAGAAGGGGUUCGUGCCCUUCUCAUUGACAAAGACCAGAUGCCUAGAUGGAAUCCCUCUACAUUGGAAGCAGUAACUGAAGAACGCGUUGAUUGGUUCUUCCGAAAACUGCCUGAUACCGACGAGUUGAAAUUGUAAUAAUGUAUUCAGAGUCUACAUUUUGGACUAUUUACAUAUACGCGCCAAGUCGUUUGAGUUUUACACUUUUUAAAAUCUGGAUUUUAUACAUUUUGCCUUGUUUGAUAAUGUAAAACGACUUAAAAAAAUUGUGCCAGUUACAUCAAUCUCAACAAAAAAGUAUAUACACCAAAAUUUAUCAAUGCAUUUAUUUACAAAUUAUAAUAUCAAUCAAAAUAAUUUUUUCUUAUAUAAAUAACAGUAAAAAAAAAACAAUCACCCCUAUUGUGUGUGUCGACUAGUAGUAGAUGAACGGCUAUUAUUCGAUUAUCUCUUUUCAAUGGUAUUGUGAAUGUCGAUUUCCGUUCAAUAAGCGACUGUGGACAGUUUUAGACGUUCAUCCUUCUACGACUAAAAACCAUUCACACUCACUUAUUGAAAGAGAAAACGACA